AUGAACGAACACCCUCGCAUCCUGCGUCCGCGCCCGAGACGACCAUUCGAUCUGACGCCCGCUUCCACGGAGUCGUCCGGUCCCCCAACACCGAUCGAGCCAGAGUACCUGAACCCGCAAGCAGAAGCCGCGUCCAACUCAACGAGCGUGAGCCGCACAGGAUCAGUGAUGAACCUGACCUCCUCGACGCUGUACGGGAUCUACUCCCCGACAGCAUUUGACGGGGCGGACCGCGACGAGUCUAGCCCCUGGGGCACGGAAGCCAACAGUCCGGAGUCAGAGUUCCCGCCCGAGCAGUCGCAGCGCGAAGCAGAGAAAUCGGCCAUUGAACCGCGGCAGAUGUCGCUGCGGAGGACUCGGUCUCGUCUGAGCCAUGGAAUGUUCCGGGGCGUGAUCUUGCCGCAGGCACUGAGCAGCGUGCUGCUCUUUGGCUUUGGUCUUGCUUACGGUGUGAUCACUGUUUAUCUUCAUGAUAACCAUUGGAUUACGCCUGUCAAGCUGGAGAAUAUUCAUUACUACGACUUGUCGCAAUACUUGGUCUCCUGGGGGUUGGCUGGUGUUGUUCUCGGUAACCUGCUUCCUUGGCUGGAUGGUGAGGUCGAGUCUGAUUCCGAGCUUGCGAGUACCGAUGAGGACGAAAGUGGGGAUCGCACCCCGGCUUGGGUUGCUGUUGCUCGCAGUGUUGGAGCGUUUGUUGGAAUUGCAUUUGCCAUGCGGAGACUCCCUUGGGAAUCUACCACACAAGCAUCGCUAACCCUCGCGCUCGUGAAUCCCGUUCUCUGGUACCUGAUUGACCGCACCACGACCGGCUUCGUCCUCUCAACCACCGUUGGCUUGGCCGGCAUGGGGGUGGUCCUUGGCCUUAAGCCAGAGCUUGUGCCUGCGUCGACCGGCCCAUUCCGCACCAGCAUUCUGAAUGGAACAGGACUAGAGCAUGUGCUGGGUCCAGAUUUCGGUUGCACACAGGAGAGCUUCGCGGUCGGCACUUGGAUUGCCAGUGUCAUUUUCUGCGCGUGCGUGUGCUUUGGAAAUGUUGGCCGUCAGCUUGCCAUCGGAGCUCGCGUCAAAAACGUUAUGAAGUCGUGA